UUACGGACCACUAUAGACUUGCAGACUUGCAAAAACUGAAUGGACGUACGGGUGACGGGUGUCGGGUGUUGUUGGUUUGGGGACUUUGUCGGGGGUCUAGUAAAAUACGUAGUAUUAUCUGACGAGAGGACGUGUUUUCCGAGCGUCCUGCGUGUAUAUAUGAUAAAAACGUCUGCUCAAUCACGUCCACAACAGAGUUAAGUGAGAAAUAUGAUUAAAAUGAUCACGUAUCUAGUAAUUAUCACCCUGAGCUUUGCGUUCGUAAACAGUGAUGGUGCAAUCAAGUUUUACCAAGAAAAGUUAUUUCAUGAGCCACAACAGCUCACAGAUGAUAAUAUCAAAGAUAUAGCAAAGUUAUCAGACAUAGAUCACUUUAAGUCCGUACUUAAUGAAAUUCUUAUACCAAGAGUGGUGGGCACACCAAACCAUGAGAAAGUGGGUAAUUUCAUAACGCAACAGAUGAGAGACCUUGGGUGGGAUGUCACAGAAAAUGUAUUUCCAGAUCAGACUCCCGUGUUUGGAACACUCAAUUUCAAGAAUAUUAUAGCGAAAUUAAAUCCUACUGCUGAUAGAUAUCUAGUUCUAGCCUGUCACUAUGACAGCAAAUAUACGAGGGAACAUGUUUUUGUGGGCGCAACAGAUUCAGCUGUACCGUGCGCAAUGUUGAUCAACUUAGCUAAAGUGAUGGCUGCCCAGCUGAACAAGGUGAAGCAGUCGAAGCUCAGUGUGAUGUUCAUAUUCUUUGAUGGUGAAGAAGCCUUCCGGCAGUGGGGGCCCGCGGACUCUAUUUAUGGGGCUAGGCAUUUGGCGCGAAAAUGGGAGCGCACGCCGUACAAAGAAGGCGCCAAUCAUCUACAGAGGAUGGAUAUCCUCGUGCUCCUAGACCUCCUCGGUGCUCCAGACCCGAUAUUCUACAGUUACUUCCAGGCUACUGAGAAGUGGUACGUGCAGUUGGCUAGCACCGAACAGCGGCUAGCUGAACUGGAUCAGCUGCAGAACUACUCUAAAGGGAAGGUGGAACAAACGUACUUCAGACUGAGGAGUUCAGGGGCGAUCAUCGAGGACGACCACAUACCUUUUUUGAGGAAAAACGUGAACAUUCUUCAUAUAAUUCCGUCCCCGUUCCCUGCUGUCUGGCACACUGCAGGCGACGACAUAACAGCGUUGGACUUCAAAACUAUAGAGAAUCUUAACAAGAUCAUGAGAGUGUUCGUCGCAGAGUACUUGCACCUGAUGCCUUGACCGUGCAUCUACCGCCGCAGAAUCAGGAUAUCUGACGUAUUUUAUUAAUGUAAAUCAAGCACACAAAGACUUAAGAAUGGUAUCUACUGUUUAAAGACCGAUAUCACUAGUAUUUCCCCAGACUUUUUAUCACGACUUACUGUUAUUGUAUUUUCAGAGCUAUAUUUCAUUAGAAUGUUAUAGCAACGGCGCUCGCAGCGUCGUCAAUGUAAAAAAAUAAUUUUAUUGGGAUGUCACAUUAGGGCCCGAUCUUUGGCCGAGUGAGGGCAUUUGCCCCGAGCUUGUCAAGGGUUGCUAAAGUUAUCGUUAUUAGUAUUAAAUAUAUUUUUUUAUACAGUUAAAAAAUAAGUUUCACACAAUUUUUAAAAUUCAUACAAUAUGGUGUUAGCAAAAUUCAUUCUAAUCUCGUCGUGCAUCUUUGACGAUUAGUUUUUGGCAUCUUUUAGAUCUAGCUAGAUAACCACAGUGCUAGCGUCGCUGCCAUGGCAUCAGACAUAGCUUUAAUAUAUUGAGAGUUCAUGUUUAUAUUUAUACUUAUAUUAGUUAAGCUAGCUAAACAGGUCCACGCAGUAUGGCUGCCUAAUAUAUUCUCAUGUGGAAAUAUUAUUUCAUAACUAUCUCAUGUGAAUAGGUACUUUUUAUUUAGUUUUGACAACACAAAGUUACUACUGCAUUUUAAUUUAUUUAGCAAUAAAUGACACUAACAUACAUAUCGCGGCUAAAAAGCUGUCCACACGAUCGCCAACCAGCGUUCCGACAAGGUCGGUACUCACACCGAGUAACGAUCUUUGAUUGGUUGUAAUCCUAACAACCAAUCAAAGAUCGUUACUCGGUGUGAGAAACAUAGCAACAGAGGUGGGAAACAUGUUUCCGUCACCAUGGACAUCGAAGGUCAGCGGCAUGACCUUCGAUUUGCAAGCAAGCUGUCUAUGGUUGGCAACAAGCAAAACCUUGGUCGAAACGCUGGUUGUCGACCUUCUACAUCACAUUUAAAUUAUCAAGAUUCUUAUUUUAAUUUUGAUCGGGGAAAGAAAAAACGUAUUCGUUUCGACAUUUUAGCUACUUCUAGCGAUUUAAGUUUCUGUGUCCUAUUAUAUAUAGCGCUGUACGUACAAAUUAUUUCCGUACGUAAUAAAAUUAUUAAUGUGUUUUGAAAAGAUAUCUGAAACCCAAACGUUGAAAAAUUAUAAUGUGAGAAAAAACCAGUUUAAAUAAAAGUGCUUUUGUGAAAUCAUAGCAGUUCCGAUGUGUGCACUCGCCCUAAAGCGUAUAUGGAACCAAUGAUUGUUACUCGGUAAUGUAAUCAAUAUAAUUUAUGUCCGCAAAAGGCAAUCUUAAGAACCUUAUAUUAAUGAAACCUUAUUGAAUUUAUCGUCUUGGAGGUUAUUAGUUGUUGUGAAAUCAUUAUAUAUGUGGAAAUUAAUGAAAUUAUUAUUGUUUCAUAUCAAACCAUUGCUUUUAAUAGUAUUACUGUUACUAAUGAAAUUAACAUGAUUGGUCAGGGUAAUGAU